GCACUACUCAUCCCUCCGGCUUGCACACCUUGAUUCUCCGCUCUGAAAUCUUGAGGGGUCUCUCCCUAACGGCAUCUGCCUCUGUUGUACUCCGCGAGCAAGCGAGCAGCGUUGUCCGAGCUCACAGUACCUGAACUGGUUAUCGUUUCUACCAAGGUGGUGAACAAAUCCAAUCAAAAUGCCGUCCGGAAAUGGAUUAGGUCCCAACGUGAGGGACAAUGCCGAUGGAACCAUCUGUGUCGAGUAUGAGCCCAAACAGGAGGGUCGCCAUGAGGUGCUGAUGGCUUUUGAUGGCACAGGCGUGGACGGCGAGGGCCGCAAGAGGUCAUACCUUUCCGUGGGCAACAGCGCCGAGUACUCACUGAAGAUUGUGGAGGCAGACAUCGUGGAUCUUGUGGGCACCAUUAGGACCCCUGGUGGUCAGAUUGAACCAAUCAUCUUGAAGAAAACUGGCGACGGAGAGCUGGCCAUCGCUUCGUUCACACCCCGUGAGAAGGGAGAGUACACCGUGAAUGUCAUGCGUCAUGAGAAGAACAUCAAGAACAGUCCUUUCAAGAUCAAAGUGGGAGACAAAGAGAUUGGUCACGCCGCGGGUUGCAGGGUCACAGGAGCUAUUGCAGAGGCCAUUGCAAACUCCGGCAAUGAGCUGGUCAUCGACACCUCUGAUGGAGGCUACGGAGGUCUCAGCGUGGCUAUUGAGGGCCCUCAUCGCUCAGACGUCGAGUGUUACAAAGUGGAGGACCGAGUCUACACAAUCCACUACAGCCCACACGAGCCUGGUAUCUACAUCCUCAACAUCCGCUUCGCUGAUGAUCACAUCCAAGGAAGUCCUUUCCUGGUGAACGUGGGCGGUAACCCGUCUGGGCGUGUCCGUGAGACUGUCGUCAAGGAGAUGGGCCAGGCUGACGCCACCAACGCCGGAACCACUGCUGAGUUCAUCCUGAAGAUUCCAGAUCGACAAACCAGUCACUUUCACAGUGGCUUUCAAUGGAGCCACAGGAAACCUGCAUGCCACGAUGCGCACUCCCUCUGGUGCUCACACUGACUGCUUCACUCAGGAAAUGGACAAGGGCGUGUACGCCGUCAGGUUCAUCCCCAAAGAGAACGGCGUGCACUACGUUGACGUGAAGCUCAAUGACGCACAUAUUCCUGACUCCCCCUUCGCUAUAAUGGUUGGGUCCACCGCCUCCGACCCCGCAAUGGUUACUGCUUCAGGGGAUGGACUAGAGCACGGAAAGUGUGGCGUCAAGAACAAGUUCGUGGUGAAGACGGCGGGCGCAGGUUCCGGUCUCCUGGCUGUGUUCAUCGACGGUCCGUCCAAGUCCGCGCUCAGCUGUAAAGAAGUGGACGAGGGAUACGAGUUCAGCUUCACGCCUUUCUGCCCUGGGAACUAUCUCAUCACCAUCAAAUAUGGCAACAUCCCCAUCGCUGGAUCGCCCUACCAGACCAAUGUCACAGGAUCUGGUCGUAAGGCGUCUCCUAUCGUGGAGCAGUCGUCGAUGGCGGUGGAGACCGUGGAGAAGAAGGCCGGGGCUGGCGGCAAGACGCGGAAACUGAGAGGCGAUGCCAGCAAAGUAGUGGCCAAGGGACCUGGUCUCAAGAAGGCUUUCACCAACCGUCUGCAAAACUUUACCGUGGAUGUUAAGGAUGCAGGCCUGGCAAUCCUUAGCGUUGGUAUGAUUGCCCCUAGUGGACACCCCGAAGCAGAACUGUCGGUGAAGAAGGUCACGGCGACCUCUUACUCCGUCAGCUACAAGGUGCAGGAGAUGGGCGAACAUAUCCUGCACGUGAAAUGGGGCGAUGAUGAAAUCCCGGGAAGUCCUUUCGUCCUCUGCACGUGAGCAUGUCAUCGUGGAGCCUGAUGAUAGGGAGUACUUCGUUUGCGACUACGACAUUCAUGAUAAUUUUGUCUGGCAAGAUAUUGCCUGUAUUCAUUCAUUGUAUUAUUUAAUUUCACUCUCCCCCCAUUUUGUUGAAGACACUUUUUCAAAACGUCCUGGAAGAGAAUGCACAACAGUAUUAUUCCGAGAUAUGGUUAUAUUACAUGCUGCUUUGACAGUUCUAAAAACAUGUUGAGCAGUCAUUGUGUUUUGUUUUUUUUAAACCCCAUAAGAGCUGUGAAAUGAAGUAUAAUAUGAUCACGAUAUUUUGUUUAGUUCUUCAAGAAUGAACCCGAGCGAUGAAAUCAAUAGCAAAACUUUCUUUCGGCCGCAGAGUAUUUGUACUUUUGUCAAUGCAAUGAAUUAUUUAUUUAUUUGUUUAUACAUAUAGUUGAAUUGAAUACUGAAGAGUACAAUUUAUACAAAGCAACUUGUGUUCUCAAGUUGCUGAAUUUUCAAACCAAUCUUGUAAGCAACGCAAACAAAAAAGCCACUGUCGUUAGUUGAUUCAGGCUGGGCGUGUGUGUAUUUGUAGCCGGAUUCGGUGCACUUCAUAUCGUAUAUCAUUAAAUUCCGUUGACAUAUUCGUUUGUCCUUAAUGUCUGUGACCCAUAUUAUUAUCACUUUUGAAAAUCUUGUAAUGAUUUCCCCCUCUAGCACUUCCAUAUAAAGAGGCGUUGUUCUCUUCUUCCCAGUUUAGCCAAAUUUGUUUUUGUUUUUCUAGUACCGUGACUGCACUGGACUUGUUUUCAUAUACUGGUGUGCUUUGCUUGGUCAGUUAUGUAUUCAAAUGACGACAAAGUUUCAUAUUUGAUAUACUCAUCAUGAUGGCUGUGAAAAAUACCUUUUCGAAGGGAUACCUGGGCUCAUCUUAGGAGCAUUUUUCCAAGUAUCUUUCGAUCAUAUGCGUAUUUUGUGGUAUUGGCUGAUUAUGUGUGUUGGUGCAUGUAUAUCUGAUCGCAUGUAAGUUUUUAUAACCAUCAAAAACCAUUUCAGACAUAUCAAAUGAGAAAGGGAAGGGACAUAUAGGGGCAUUUCUUCUUAUCCUCAGGUUUCUUUUUUUUAUAGCGUUUAUAAAACAAAACGCUAUUUUUAACGAGAUUUUACACCUGCAAUUAGCCAAACUUUGGGCAGGCAAUAUGGCUCUGGAAAGAGCUUGUUGAAAGUGAAAAAACAAAUGGUACACCAGUUGAGAAAGUCUAUAUGUACACUGUUUUACGACGAAGGCAUACAAUUCUCUACGAUGCUUAAUGUUAUCAUAGUAUUAUCUGUAAUGAUUAAUGAAACAAGGAUUAGAUACCAGGACGCACACAAUAUGCGAUAACACUUACUUGGGACUUCAAUAAAAACUAGGGUCUUUCUUUUAUAGCUAUCCCCUUGGAAAGAUUCAUGUAGCCUGAAAGAUUCGGAUUAAUAUUAUCAUGCAUUAAAAAUUUAGAUGUUCAUUAUCCAGAUUUUAGAUGCGAGGAUGGGAAGUAUGCUUGACGGUCGACAGGGAGUGCUACUUUUUCAUGAAGUCAUGUGCGAAAGGGUUAGUAAGUAAUUUUGAGAGUGAAUAUGAGUUAAUGUUAUUGUGUAAGUUGAAUUUUGACUAAUGAUAUAUCUUCUAACUUCUGAGUGAUGAAUAAAGUAUUAGUUUUCUCCCCUUCCUUUGAA